AUGGACCGAGUUGAACCUUUGGAUAUCGAUUAUUCUACUGAUUUGCGGUGUCGGCCAGACUAUCAGCCCUACACUUUCAAUGGUGAUAAAUAUUCAAAAAUAGCUUUGAAUCAAAUUUCAAAUAUUCUGACCAUAAAAGUUUGCUGUGAUGUACUCUUACAGGAACCCUGAUUUAAGAAAAAAAAUCUUUCAAGAGAAAAAAAGUCAUAAAUCAACUAAAACACGGAAAACGGAGGAAAAUUUCGGUGCUUCAGACGCCAGAGGGGUCUCUAGAGUGAACACCAUAAGGGUUUUUGCAGAUUACCCUCAAGGGACCACUUCACUUCCUUCUAUAGGACAACUAAAACUUGCAGGAGUGGCCAUUUUAGGGGUUUCAGUUAGUGGCCACCCUCGGGAGCAUGCUAGUGGUCCCUAGAGCGAACACCAUAAGGGGUUUUUGAAGAUUCCCCUCAAGGGACCACUUCCCCUCCUUCUAUAGGGCAACUAAAGCUUCCAGAAGUGGUCCCUUGGGGGUUUCAGUUAUUGACCACCCUAGGAAGCAUUCUAGUGGUCCCUAGAGUGAACCCCAAAGGGGUUUUUGCAGAUUCCACUCAAGGGACCACUUCACUUCCUCCUAUAGGGGAGCUAAAACUUACAGGAGUGGCCACCCUAGGGAAGCAUUGGGAGGAGGAAGAGCAAGCAAGAAAUCGUAGGGACCACCUGGACUUUAGCCCUCUAGGGACCACUAUUCAGUCCACUAUAGGGGCUUUUUCCUUCCAAGCCCUCUAGUGAUCACUCUGGCUUUCCUAAGUUCUCAAAGUUCUAAAAAUUCCAUUCUGAGGCGUCUAAACCUCUUCUUUUCGCAUACUAUCUCCCAUCCUGAUAAAAUGACUUCUCAAGCCAGUGAUGAAUCGACUAUAAAUCUUACAAUAAAAAAAAGUACUCAGAAAUCCGAUCGGCCGCCUCGAUUCACCCCUUAAGUGACGACCCUCAAUUGGCAGUGGAUGAAGGGGGACGAGUCACCUGUUCUUUCGACAAUUCUCAGGAGUUCUGCAGCUGGCACAAUGCUCCGGAAACGGUCGUCAAGUGAGCUUUGAGAGCGGUCCCUAGAGGGGCUACUUUAUGGGCGCUUGAAGAAGUCUCAAGCCAUUUUUUCAAUAUUUUCCUUUAAUUUUUCUCAGAAGUACAUUUUUUAGGGAUGCCAGAGUGAUCCCUAAAGGGGCACUAACGCUUGCAAAAGUGGCCACUCUAGGGAUUUUACUUACUUAGUGGUCCCUCUAGGGGCUAUUCUUGGAUUGUAAUGAACUUUCUGCAUAGGAAAACUUUUAAUCCCUACGAAAUUUUACCUUUUGUUCACUAUAGGGCUGUUUUUCCCCUAACCCCUCUAAGGACCACUCUGGCGUUCCUGAGAUAGUCAUUUCCAAGUGAGUUGUAAGGAAUUCUUACCAACGCGUUGCGGUCGCAACGCGGUUUUCGGCGGGAAACGUGAAUUCAAACGGAAAUUAAUGCUUUUUCUAUAAUUUUCUGUACAUUACAUUAACGUUUCAAAUAGAAGUAUAAAAAAUGCCUUUUCAAAAUUUUCCCACGUUUGACAAUGGUAAUUAUCCAUAUUAAAUCUGUGCACUAAACACAGCGGAAAUUAUAUAUUUUUAAAAAAAGGGUUAGAAACCGGGAUCAUCGCUAAGAGCCAUUUUUACCUUUGUUUAUGUAAACUUUAUUUUUUUCUUGGAAGUUUUUUUGAAGUACAAAGAGAUUCUGGUAAAACUAUUUUUCAAACUGAUUUGAUAAAAAAAUGUUAUUUGAAGGUUCUGGCAAGCCCAUUUUGGACUAUACUAACUUCUGAUGCUUUUCCAGGCUAAAAUACAAAAAAUUUUUGAGAUUUGGCCUAUUUUUCCCUACUUUUGAAGCUACUUCAAAGCGUAAUCAUUGAAAAAAGACUUUUUUCAGAUUUUGGAAAGCCAAAUUCGAACGAUACUUCGAUAAAGAGCGAUUCGAUUGCACCAAUGUUCGGAAAUUCGCGUUUGGUUUGAAAAAUUCUGUUUUUUUCCUUAUAAAAAAAUAUAAUUUUUCAAGACGGAUUUUUUUCCUAUUGGCCGGAGGUGAACCAGUUUUGUCGCCUCAAACCGUCGCCCUUGAAACGAAUAUUCCUUGUCAGUACGGAAACGCCGUCGUUAAGUUUGAGUAAGUUAAAUCCAAUCAAAAAAAUAUUUGAAAUUAAAUUUUAAGCUAUCUAACGCAAAAAAAUCUCAAAAAAAUUCAACUUCAACCUAAUUUUCGAAAAAAGAAGAAAAAUUCCCUAUUUUUUUGCCCUUCUCGGCAAUGGAAAAAGCGACUUAAUGGGGCCAAACUUUUUAGAAAAAGGAUAUAAUUUUUUUGAUUUUAUUCGUAAAAAUCAAUAUUUUUCAAGCUUCUUAUUUGGGAAAAGUCUUCAAGCUUGUCAUUAUUCCAGGCCAAAAAAAUCUAUAAAUUUUUGAAAUUUUUUUGCAAGCUUUUUUUCAUUGAGGAAGCUUCCAAACCAGGUCUAAUUUGGGUCAAAAAAUCUAAAUCUCCCAAAAAUUAUAUCCCUUUUUCUUCAAAACACUAAAAUUUACUGAAAUCUGGGCAUUUUUAAAACAAAAAUUCUGAGCUUCUGGUCAAAAUUUCGGCGAAAAAUGUCAAAAAUCAAGGUUUUUUAGGGCAACAAAAUACUUCUUAAUCAAGUUAUUUUAUAUUAAAUAUAAAAUUCAAGCUUUCUAAAAAAAUUUCAAUACGAAAAAUGGGAAUUUUGCGCAAGUUUUGGACAGAAAAGAAUUUCCAAACCUACGGCUUGAUUUUAUUUUUUCGACCUAAAACUCGAUUUCCUGUUUCAGAAUACUUUUAUAAGGUUUAUAAAAACGUUUUGAACAUUUGACAGUGCAAAUUGACUUUUCAGCUUCUGGGCGAGUUCCGAUACUCCAAUUUUGCGACAAUGCGUCUCACGGGACAACGGAAAUGACGUUCUUUGCGAGGUUAGCUCACAUUAACGUUUCAAGCCUCGAUUUAAACAGAAGUUGUACAUCUUGUCCAUUACAGAGCUCUGAGGGACAAAAUCAAUCAAAUCCAAAAAUUACGAGACAAAAACUUCUCCAGAAAUCCAUUUUUAGAUUAUUUCUUAUUUUCGACUAAAAUAUAUUUUGGCCUAAAACCAGCUGCAAAAAUUCUACCGUAAACACAGCUUUUUUUGCGAUUUCGCUUCGAGGCCAUCGAAAAACAGAAAGCAACCCCUAUAGGGGUCGAAGAAGUGGUCCCUGUAGGAGUUCAGGGUCUGACCCCUUAGUCCCUAUAGCUCAAGUGGGCCCUUUAGGGGUCUCUCAAUUCAAUUCAAAAAGCUUAUUUAUUCAGUUUUUCUCAUGGAAAAGGUUCUUCGUUUGAAGUUCAUAACAAUAAUCGACUGGCAUGUCCCCUAUAGGGGCCACUUUUGCGAGCUUUAGUGACCCCUAUAGGGAUUGGUAAAAAGGUCCCUAGAGAGGAACCUCCAAGGGCCCUUGCCCUCAUAGGGAUCACUCCGUCGUUCCUUAGUAAUGGUUCAUAUUUUUCCAGGACAUUCUACCGAUGCCAAAUCCCGUCAACUUCAGUGUUGCUCAGUCUAUGACGCCGAUUCGCGUCCGAAUUGAAGUCGUCAAUGUUGGGACGAAUGACGUCAUCCUAAUCGAUAAUAUCAUGUACGAGGGCCAGAUUUGUGAGCUGGUUAGUCUGAUCAAUGCUCAGUCUAUCUCUAGAGCGGUCCCUAGAGGGGCAACCUUAGAUGGAGGUCCCCCUCUAGGGAUCUCUGAAGCUUGCAAAAGUGGUCCCUAUAGGGGUCAUGCUGAUCGAUUAUUUCUAUGAACUCAUUUCCACUAUAUCCAAUAAAUAAGCGAUUUUUUGAGAGACCCCUAUAGGGAACACUUAAGCUUUAAGGGCUAAGGAAUCAAAACCUGAACCCCUAUAAAGAAUACCUUAAUUUUAGCCCUAUAGGGACCACUUUUUCGGCCCCGAAAGGAGCAUUUUUUUUCCCCUAACCCUUUAAGUGACCACUCUGAAACUCCUGAGUAGAAGAUAUUUGUCCUUUUCAUCUACUUAAAAUAAAAAAUUGAAAUUAACUGGUCAAUAGUCCAUUCAUCGCGACUUGAAAGUUUCCGAGUGUCUGCGUCCCUCUGUUCCCUCAGCGGCGAGAUCAGAGAAACAUGGAAAUAGCACGUAAACAUGAGAGGGUCGCCGAGAGACGAGGAGGGCGCAGAGAACUUUCAAAUCGAGAGAAACGGACUAUAAACUCUACAGGAAAGCCUUCAAGACCCUCGAUUCUUUGAAAAAAACCCCUAAAGUGACUACUCAGAUCGACGAAGAGGAGCCGACGGUCGUCUCAACAGAAACCCCACUUCUCCCGUCUUCCACAACUCCUUCUGCAGUUCAGAAGUUCUUCGAAGACGAAGAUAUAUUGAACAGCAACUCCUUCGGCAUAACUGUGAGUUCCCUCGAGUCCAAAUCGAAAGUAAGAACGGAUUUCCCCGGCGUUUGACCUCGUUUCCCGCAAGGCAAAAUGCAAAUCCGCCGCUUCGCCCGCUUGUUUGCCCUCUUUAGGGCUCACUUCUGCGUUCAAUUACAAUAGUAUACUCUAUCUGUUUUUAUUUGACGUUUAAAGGAGCAUAGGCAAUACUGAUACGAGUCUCGAAGAGAAAAGAGACUUUUUUUCCAAUAAUAAUUAUAUUGAGAUAUUAGGGUAAAAAAAUAAAAAAAGUCAAUUACAAAGUUCAACUAUUUAAAAAAAUUUCUUUGAUUUUUAAAGGAGCAUAGGCAAAAGUUGAUAAAGGUCUCGACAAGAAAAUAAUCUUUUUUUCAUUCUCUAAUAAGCUCCUUCCAAUAAAAAAACUAUGUUGAGAAUUCAGGGUAAAAUAGAAAAAAAUCAAUUACAUGAUUAUAAAUGCUUUGAUCUUUAAAGGAGCAUAGGCAAAAUUUGAUAAAGGUCUUAAGGAGAAAAAGAAGUUGCUUUUCCUCGUCAUAGUAAGCUUUCUUGACGAAAAAAAUUUCACAAUUUUGAUUCGAAGUAAAAAUCAAUAAGAGUAAUACUUGAAAAUUAAAGGAGCAUGGGCUUCACUGAAAAUGGUCUCGACGAGAAAAUAGACUUUUUUUAAUUCCUUGAUGAAAAUUUCAAAAAAUCAAGACGAAGUAGAAAAUAUAUUGAUAUACUAGACCCAAGUUUAUUUGAUGUUUAAAGGAGCAUGGGUUCAACUUAAAGGGGUCUCGACGAGAGAAGCGUCUCCCUUCAUUUCAAUAGAUGUCAAUCCAAUUCUUUCAAGCAGAAUUCCGUCUCCACGACGUCCACGUCAUCUGAAGCCCCAACGACGACGUCGCCGUCUUCUGAAUCGCCUCCAGAAGUGAUGACGUCAUCGGUUGUCGGGGAACUAUCGCCGUGCGUCGCCCUCACGUGCACUUUCAACGACGGCGACUCGUGUUUCUACGGUCUCAGUGGCAUCGGAAGCACGUAAGUGGCCACUUGAGGGGAAUGACGUCAUCGGAAGGCUUCAGAGUUCCUUGGCAACUUGCCUCGAGGCUUCUGGGGAAUCGUCACACCGGCAUUCAGAGGAUCGACGUCUUGGAUCAAUCACAAGGUUGGGAGAGUGAUGACGUCACGAGUAGCAAUACUCGGAGAGAGAAAUGACGUCAAUCAAAUCAAAAGGCUCUUAGAGAUAUAAAGUCAUAAAAAAUAGAAAGUUUCGAGAAGUUACGUCAUUAAAAUCGAGAAGAUUGAAAAGAAAUGACGUCAUUUAAAUUGAAAGAAAUGGGAAAUAAUGACGUCAUUUGAAUCAAAAGGUUCGAGAAAAAAGGAGGCCAUUCAAAUGAAACGGUUCGUAGAGAUGAAGUCAUUAAAACUAGAAAUUUUGGAGAGAAGUGGCGUCAUUUAAAUUGAAGGUUUUGGGAUUGAAUGACGUCAUUAAAAUCACAAGAUUCGGGGCGAAAUGACGUCAUUAAAACUAGAAAGUUUUGGGAUUAAAUGACGUCAUUAAAAUCGAAAAGUUCGGAGCGAAAUGACGUCAUUGAAGCCAGAAAAUUCGGAGAAAAUAACGUCAUUAAAACGAGAAAGUUUUAGGAUCAAAUGACGUCAUUUUAAUCAGGCGGAUCAAGGAGUAAUGACGUCAUUCAAUAAGAAAAUUUUGGAGCAAAAUGACGUCAUUAAAACUAAAAAGUUUUGGAAUUAAAUGACGUCACUGAAUUCACAAAAUUCACGGAAGAAAUGAUGUCAUUAAAAUCGAAAAAUUUGAAAACAAAUGACGUCAUUAAGAUAAUUUGGAAAUAUACUAUGACGUAAUUUUUACGGUGGUUGAGGCUUUAUAAAUAGUCCGACUUGACGCUUUAUUCAAAAAUAAUAAAUCCUAGAUUAUAACAUCGUUAGGAAAAGCUUAAGUGAUCACUUAAGGGAAAAUAAUUAUUUCAGUCGGAUUCGUCUACGUGGGGAGCGACUCGAUUGGGUACAACGAAGACCUUUUUGUGAUGGAAUCCCCGAAAUUCUCCUUGAAAGAAGACGUCGUCAUGGUCUUCGACAUCUACUUGAGGUCCUACUAUCCGAGAUUGAAGGUAAAACUGAGAAAUUGGAGAAUUAAUAGUAGAAGUCAUUUUACUGUUUCGCUCUAUGGUCAAAUGACCUUGAAAUUUUUUUUUACUAAUCUCCAUAUGUAAUUGGUUUUCAAAUGGAAAAUUACGAAAAAUGGGAUCAUCGAGGCAUUUUAUCCAUGGAGCUCAAAAGAUAAGUUUGCUGCGGCUUUUUCUGACCUAGGUCAUUUUUUGGAGUUCCCGCAAUUUUUCCCUUUUUUUGGCUGAAAAAAAGUUAUUUUGAGCUUGAAUUAUUUGAAAAUAAAGUUUUUGCUUGAAAAUUAUCUAUGGAGCACACAUGUCGAGCUUCUUGAAGUUUUUUCUCGACCCUUUUUUUCCAAUAAUUUUUUUUGCUCUUCUAUGAACCGAUUCAUCAUUUUCCCAGGUUUGCGUGGACAGUUUCGACGAUUGCCCAUAUUUCUCCUCGAGUUUGGACAAAAAAGAACAUUGGCACUUCUCCCAGAAAGUUCCCCUAACGGCUGGAGUCAGGAAGGUUUUCUUUCCCCCAAAAUUCCAGACAAUGAAAAAUUCUACCUUUCCAGGUAUAUUUCGUGGCCAGCAACAUCGCCCGCCAUCAAUUUCUUGCCGUUGAUAAUAUCCGACUGGAAAAUGCAGACGGAAUCGCGAAAUGUCCCCCGUCGACGUUUAUAAACACCUCGGCUCAAAUUUAAAAUCUUCAAUUUAUUUUUUUAUUGAUUUUUUUGAUGUUAUCAACGGGUUUCUAACAUUCCUUCAAAACAAAAUAAUUUUCCGAAAACUUGGUUUGUCUCUAAUUUGAUCUCGAAACGAUCAAAAUGACGCUUUUAUCCAUGAAAACCAUUCAAAUGUUUUCUAUCUUGAUGGAAAGAAUUUUUUUUUGUCUCCUGGAAUAUGUCUCAUUUUACCUCAUAAUAAAUCGGAAUGACACAUUUUUUAUAAAUGUUUCACUGAAAAUCCUUAUCAUUCAUUUUUAUCACAGUCAAGAAGAAAAACAAAAGAAUCCGUCCCUGAACAUUUCAAAAAAAUUGAUUCUUUUUUUGAACCGAAAAAAGUUUAGUUUCGAUAAUAAAAACCUCAAAAAAACAUGUCUCAGAAAAAUGCAAGUGAAAUCCGCUUCACAUGGAUCUGUUAUUUCCAUUCGGACUCCUUUAAAAAUUAUCCACUUGAGAUUCACCCUUCUGUCUAAAAUAAGUUCCUGAAGAAAAAAUUUUGUUUCUCCUGCAGAAACCCCAAAAAUGCCACUCUAGGGACCACUCUGGCGUUCAUGUUUCGCCCCAAGCCGAAACCCCCGACAGGACCUCCCCCCAUGUUAGAAAAAAGUUUUGUCUCUCCUACAAGGGUCUCUAACUAGUAAGGUUGCCACUCUAGGGAUCCCUCUGGGUUUCCUAAGUCCUCUCCAAACCAAAGCCAUCAGAAAGCAUAUUUGUCUCUCCAACAAGAGCCCCCCAAUGGUGCCACUCUAGGGACCACUACUGAGCCCAUAGGGAAACAAUUAUGUCUUUAAAAUGUUUUUUGCUGUCUACAAAGGUGAAUCGAGAAUUCGAUACGAAUAGCUACCGGAUAGCAACUUUUGAAAAAGUCAAUCGGCGGAUGGUAAUCGGUGGUCGUUUGUAUGCGACCGGGUACUAUUUCUAUGGUACCUGAGUCGGAGGUCGAUGUAAGUAGCGACCGGGUAGUUACCUGACACUCGCUAUUUCUUUCGGAAAGUCUGGAAUUGCUUCCCGGGUCGUUAUUUUUUGUUUCAGCUUCAUCCAAUAAGUCCCUGGAAGGCUUGGGAAGGUGUAAAAAAACACUGAUGCUAUGUAAACGACCGAUGUGCUAGCCAGUGGCAAUCGCGAAUUUCAGGUACCUACCCGGUAGCAUCCAGAUACCGACCAGGUACUAUCCAGGUACCAUAGAGAUAGUACCCGGUCGCAUACAAAUGACCACCGAUUACGAUUCGCCGAUCGACUGGAGUUGCUACCCGGUACAUACUUGUAUCUACCUCUCGAGUCACCAGUGUAUAGGUGACACCAAGGGGGUCCCUAGAGGGAUGCCUUAAAUAGCCCCUGACGUUGCCACUUUAGGGACCACUCUGGCGUGUCUCAGUGCUGCCCAAAUCAAGAAAACAGCUUGUGUCCACUACAAGAGCCCCUACAAUUUUCACUCUAGUGACCACUCUUGCGGGUUUCAGUUAUGUUCAAGACAACAGAUUGUCCAAAAUGUUCGGAGAGGAAGGAAAGGAAGACUUUCUGGCUUGCGGCCAUUGGAUUAUCCGCCAGGAGCGGCCCCAAUACGGUCGUCGUCGGCUCGAGUGCCGCCGCCGUCCGUUGA